GAGCGUGUGGUUUCUCACGUAGGCAAGCCGUUCUCUCGACGUAGCUACUAAGUACAGUACUGCGGCAACCACUCUACUACUACUAGGCCUAGUACUGUUUUACAACCGGGCCUAGUGCAACCAUUGUUUACAUAGAUAGCAACUGAAAAGAGCGGCAAAAAUGAUUUUCACCGUCACCUUUCUAAUAUGGAUUGUAGAACGAUUUCUAGCAAGUCUGAGACAAACAACAGGCAAGAGUCCUAAAGAAGACAUAAAAGGAAAACCUACAACAGUUUUCCCGCUGAUGAAUCCGGAGACUCAGGAAGCUAAAAAUCCAUGUGACAUGAAAGUGACAGUAGUGGGAGUGGGACAAGUCGGAAUGGCUUGUGCCUUCAGCCUCAUAACACAGAGCGUGUGCAGUGAACUUGCCCUUGUGGAUGUGAUAAAGGACAAGUUAGAGGGAGAGGUGCUUGAUCUACAGCAUGGCUUGGCAUUCCUUAAAGGGGUCAAAAUCAGUGGAAGUACAGAUUAUAGUGUGACAGCUGGCUCCAAGCUGUGUAUAAUCACCGCCGGUGCUCGUCAGAAAGAGGGUGAAAGUCGACUGAAUCUUGUACAAAGGAAUGCUGAUAUUUUCAAAUGUAUUGUCCCUCAGUUGGUAAAAUACAGUCCAGGCACUUGUAUUCUUGUUGUCAGCAAUCCAGUUGAUAUCUUGACUUACGUUACGUGGAAGUUGAGCGGGUUGCCUAGUAACCGAGUGUUCGGAAGUGGCACAAACUUGGACACAGGACGCUUGCGCUUUCUACUUGGCGAGAAACUCAACAUUUACCCAACAAGUUGUCAUGGAUGGAUAAUCGGAGAACAUGGUGACUCAAGCGUGCCAGUAUGGUCGUCUGCCAAUGUCGCUGGUGUGCCACUUCUGUCACUAAACCCUUUACUCGGAAAGGAGGAGGAUGACGACCAUUGGUACCAAGUUCACCGACAGGUAGUCAAUAGUGCGUAUGAUGUGAUUCGCCUCAAAGGGUACACAUCGUGGGCGAUUGGUUUAAGCGUCGGCACCUUAGCAUCCAGUAUCAUCCGAAACCAGCGCAGUGUCUUUGCAAUCUCCACACUAGUACAGAACUACCAUGGAAUAGAGAAUGAAGUUUUCCUGAGUUUACCUUGUAUUCUUGGCAAAGACGGAGUGAGUCAGGUAAUUCGGCAGAAUUUGAACAAUCACGAGCUUCACCAGCUACAACAAAGUGCACAGACAUUAUGGGAUGUUCAACAAGGACUGAAUUUGGAGAAGAAAUAGUCAUCACUAUUCAGAUGAAUUAUUUCAUGUGGAGAAUUACUCCAAAGUCAACUCAACACAAUUUUAACACACGGUACCCUAUUUAAAGAUGUAGCAUAUUUAAGGACAUAACACAGAACUGUUGGUUUUAAACUGUGUCCACAUAUCAAGUUUUAUACGAAAACAUGUGUGAUUUGCACAUGGGUGUAGGAGAGAGUUUGCCUGUGAAAGGCUGGUCUUUGUUUUUUUUCAAAAACCAAGAUACUGGCUUCAGGGCCAGUUGUGGAGCCACAAUCUUCAUUUAUAAUUGUAGGAAUGAAAGCGAAAGCAUUUGCAAGUUUUCUUAGGGCAUCCCAUAGCAGCCCCACUUCCACAUCCUUUCACAAGCUCCCAUGCCUAUGUAGUUGCUCAUAGUCAAAGUACAUCAUCAUGUAUGGAUGAAUCACAGGCAAUAGACUGAUUCAGCGAUGUUUGUUUACAGCCGGUCACAUGACAUAACUUGGGUAUACCAUGGACAACAUUGCAGUGCGAUUAGUUUGAAAGUAUAUGGUCGCUAAAACAAUCCCCCACAGUUUACUUGAGAAAUAAAAGGCAAAAAAAGUGAAUACGAUUGUUCAGAAUAGUGUUUAUUAACUUAUCUUAGCGUUCUCCUAGCAUUGUAUGCUUUGAAAUUUAAGUAAUUCUUCGUAAACCUUAGCUAGCCUUAAAAUCGUAGCGUAGUUCGCGGGUCAAAGACAUGUGCAUACGUAAACAGGCCGUAGAUGUGCAGGGACCUAGGUCUAACAUUUGUCGAAAAAUCUCAGUGUUUGCGGUCAUUAUAUUUUGGAACAUUAGCAAACCCUUAUGGCAAAAUUUUCAAUUUCCAAUCAAUUUGGUAGUUUGCUGGAAAUUAUGCUUAAAAAUGUUAUCUUAGAUAAUGGUAGUGAUAAUCAUUCAACUGUCUUGAAACUUAGCCUACUUGUCUAAAUAUAUAAUCUAUUAAUAUCGUGUAUUUCAAACAGAUGUAGUGUGAACCUCCGUGUCCAUACUAAAAAAUGCUCAGUGGAAAAUAUAUCUGAUUUUCCCAUAUUUGGACAUAAUAUCGCAAAUAUCGGGUAGCAGUUGUCAACACAAAUCGUCACCCUCAGUCUUUCAUCUCGAGGAGUUAAGUUGUAUAAUGAGAGGUAUUUGAGGAGUCAUAAUGAACAAUGUAAUUUCCAUGUGUAUGGAUUAAAUAAAGAAUAUGUGGCUAAGACAAGACACACCAGUCACUCGUCACAAAAAUCAAUUUUUAGUUAUUAAUACAGGGUUGAGCUAUAAAAUGGUAACAGAAUCAUUUAAAUCUAACAUUUCAUUAUAAAGUUACAGGAGCUUAAACAUACAGCUGUUUAAAGAACAAUAUUUGAGAAAUCAGCCUUCGAAUUUUAUGAUUUUGGGCAUUUCUUAGGCAGAAACCAUCACCAAAUCAUACAAAAUUGUUGUCUUAACAUUAUAGAUAUAUAUAAGUUAGUUUAGUGCAAUAAAAUAGAUUUUCAAAAUUUUGGCCUUCCAGAAUGUUUUGGCCAUUAUCUCCUAACAGGAUUUACGAUGAGUGACUGGUUUGGCUUGGCUUUGCCACAAAUGUCUGUCAUUAACCACACCCAUUGAUAGUGUGGACAGAGUGGAGAUAAGGAAAAGCCAUGUAUAUUGUCUUGACUACUGGUAGUCAGGGGCAGAUUCGGAUCACUCAAAACACCCAAUAGGUUAUUUCCAGGCAUCAAGAAGACAAAAAAAACAAAAAAAAAACUGCCACAGGUAUGGGCAUUUAUACUGCGCCUUUCUCACAUUGUUCGGGGAAAAACUCAAGGCAGCAUGUUAUACAGCAUACAGAAAUAUAAUUGAAAGUACUAGGCAAAAGUGACUGCCAUUAUUCCAGGAAUUUUCUUUGGAAUAUUCUUGACUUUGUGCAAUUCAUGUGAUCCAAGUUUAAAAAAAAUUCUGAUGUGAAUCACUGAAUAACAAAAGGGGAAAGAAUAAGCAAUGGGGUUUGAAAGGCUGAAGUAUGUGUUAAGAAAGAUAAAGUAUGCAAGAGAAAGUCAUGGAGUAUAUCUUAACCCUUUGCUGUGAUAAUUCACUGUGUUUUUGUAAUGUUUAGCAAUUAGGUUUAGUAUGCUUCAAACCCUCUUGUUUAUGUCUUAUGUAUAUUUUGUGUAUUAUUUUCCUUUUUUGGACUAAGAAUUGAUAAUGGUGCUAUAGAUAAAUUUGCUCAUGCAUUAUGAAGGUCAUUUUUUUAAAUUAAUCAUUUUCAUAUAGCUUUCUCAAAACAUUAAUUUAAGAAGUGAGCCAAUUUUGAUGCAUAUUUUUUGCUUAGUGUUAAUAUAAUCAUGCGGCUAGCAUUUAGAGUAAAUGAAAAUUUGCAAGAAAUGAGGUAGUAAAGUAUGAUGUAAGUGGCAAUAAAUAACUAAUAAAUUAUAUAAGAUACAA